AAACACGGAGAGAGAUGGCGACGCUGCUGCAGCCAGAAAAAGUGCUUUAUCUCGUCCGAGGCGAGAAAAAGAUCCGCGUUCCACUCUCUCAGCUGUAUUUCUGCCGAUACUGCAGUGAACUGCGGUCUUUGGAGUGCGUGUCACAUGAAGUCGAUUCCCACUUUUGUCCCAGCUGUCUGGAGAACAUGCCAUCAGCUGAGGCCAAGCUCAAGAAGAACAGAUGUGCAAACUGCUUCGACUGCCCGUGCUGUAUGCACACACUUUCCACAAGGGCCACCAACAUCCCUGCACCACUGCCUGAUGAUCCCACCAAGACCACCAUGAAGAAGGCCUACUACCUGGCCUGUGGAUUCUGCCGCUGGACCUCGAGAGAUGUAGGCAUGGCUGACAAAUCUGUGGCCAGUGGAGGAUGGCAGGAACCUGAAAACCCUCAUACUCAAAGGAUCAACAAGCUGAUCGAGUAUUACCAGCAGCUGGCCCAGCGAGAGAAGCUGGAGAGAGACAGGAAAAAGAUGGCGAGAAGACGGCCGUUCAUGCCUCAGGCGUUCUCGCAACACACUAUUCACGUGGUGGAGAAGUAUGGACUGGGAACCAGACUACAGAGACAGAGAUCUGGAGCCCCGAUCAGUGCCCUCUAUGGCCUUUCAUUAAAAGAAGGAGAGGACCAGAAGGAGAUCACUAUAGAACCGGCACAGGCUUUGGAUGAAGUAGAGCCUCUGCCUGAAGAUUAUUACACCCGCCCUGUCAACCUCCCUGAAGUCACGACUCUUCGUCAGCGGCUGCUUCAGCCUGAUUUCCAGCCUGCAGGAGCUUCACAGCUUCACCCCAGACACAAACAUCUGCUGAUGAAGCGAUCUCUGCGCUGCAGGAAAUGUGAGCACAAUCUGAGCAAACCAGAGUUUAAUCCGACCUCGAUAAAAUUCAAAAUCCAGCUUGUGGCAGUAAGCUACAUUCCCGAAGUCAGGAUCAUGUCCAUUCCUAACCUGCGUCAUAUGAAGGAGAGUCAGGUUUUGCUAACUCUGACUAACCCAGUGGAGAACAUCACUCAUGUGUCUCUGUACACCUGUGAAGAGGAAGACCAAGAUGACAUCAACAGCACCGCUAAGGUGCUGGUGCCCUCGAAGGAGCUGGUGCUGGCAGGGAAAGAUGCAGCUGCAGAGUAUGAUGAGCUGGCAGAACCACAGGGCUUUCAGGACGACCCAGAUGUGGUGGCCUUCAGAAAGUCCAAUAAGAUCGGCUUCUUCAUCAAAGUGAUCCCGCAGCAGGAGGAGGGAGACGUCACUGUCGCGUUCAAACUCCGACACGACUUCCGGAAUCUGGCAGCUCCCAUCCGGCCCACGGAGGAGGGAGAGACCACCGCUGAGGCCAUCUGGCUCACACACCACGUGGAACUCAGUCUGGGCCCGCUGGCAACCUGAUCACACACACACACACACACACACACCAAUAUAAAAAGCUGCUGCAACCAGAAAUUCUAAGCAUUUUCCUUUUUAGUUCUACAUUUAAAAAAGAUUUUCU